AUGAACAACGCGGUAUUCGGCAAAACAAUGGAAAAUGUUCGCAAUCAUGUCGAUGUAAAACUUUUGACAAAAUGGGAUGGACGAUGGGGUGCAGAGGCAAUAGUCGCAAUGCCCAAUUUUCAUAGCAGGAGCAUCUUUUCAGAAAAUUUGGUUGCAGUUGAAUUGCGAAAACUCGAAGUGAAGUUUAACAAGCCGAUCUAUGUGGGUAUGUGUAUUCUCGACAUAUCUAAGACCUGCUUGUAUGAAUUUCACCAUGAAUACAUGUCACCUCUAUAUCGCGAGAAAUGUAAAGUACUGUAUACGGACACAGAUAGUUUAAUUUACCAUGUAAUGUCCGAUGAUGUAUAUGAGUUAAUGAAACGUGACAUUGCUAGGUUUGAUACGAGCGAUUAUUCUCAAAAUAACAUAUACGGUAUACUGCUUAAGAACAAAAAAGUUCCAGGGCUUAUGAAAGACGAAAAUAACGGAGCUAUAAUGACAGAUUCGUCGGGCUCAGAGCAAAAAUGUAUGCGCUGAAAGUAGAAGGUAAAAA